CCUAGCUUCCUGUCGCUUAGCUGUGAAACCACCUGUGACUCAUUUGUCAAUCAAUCCUCGGUGUCUGUCCGUCGUCACCAUGUUUUACCUCGACGUUAAUUCAACACAGACAAAACAAAAAGCAACUCCUUCAAAGACCCUGCACCUCCAUCCCUGCAGACCCUCCUCGUUGUCGAGCUGCAGGAUCACUGAGUAUCCACCCUUCAUCACCGGGUGUCCAGUCUUGAUGGAGGUCACUGCGGAUACAAUGAGGAGCAACACCGAGUGGACUGCAGACUGAAAGCAUGUUUCUAAGGAGGAAGCCAGUCUCAUGGGAUAGCCAUGUUUUGUCUUCCUGACAGCUAUGUCACUCAGCCUACUCUGCAGUGACCCCGCACAGCAAAGGAUGCUGGGAAAUAAUGAGCACUUUUAUCCCAGUCAGGACGACAAGGAUGGAGAGGAUGAGGAGGAGGAAGAGGAGCAGGGGAGAGGAGAACUCAAAAACGGGCAAGGUGGAUAUGACGCAGAGAAUGGAGAGUUAGAGGAUCUGCUGGAGGAGAAGGAAAUGAAAGGAGGACGACAAUCCUGGGAAGGGAAAGGCGCAGAGGUGGUGAAACCUUCGGCCGUUGUCGUCGGGCGACAGAGAGCAGAUCGGCCUCUGAGGCCAGGCAACCUGGGCAACCAGAAUAUUGCUUACAUGUCGAAUCAAGUCCUGCUACACCACCAAGCGGCCAAUAAGCCCCACCACCAAGGCCUGACUGUGCUGCAGAAGAGACGGGCGCUCAUGGAGCGCAGCAUGACCACGAUGGCUCCUCUCGAGGACACUUUCCUGACAAUGAUGGUGUUUCGCGUCGGGAUUCCUGACAUCAAACAAACGAGGUGUCUCCAGUUUGACCAGGACUGCACCGCGUGGAACGCCAAGCAGCAGAUCAUCCUGUCCCUCAGCGAGACGCUGUGGGACGUCUACAACUACGGCCUCUUCCAGCCCGCCGGGGAAGGACGGGACGCCAAGUUCCUGGAGGAGGAGCGAGCGCUGCGGGAAUACUCGCAGUCCUUUGAGAAAGGCGUGCCUUACCUGGAGUUCAGGUACAAAACUAGAGUUUACAAGCAGACAAACCUGGACGAGAAGGCUCUGGCAAAGCUCAGCACAAAGGCCAGUCUGAAGAAGUUCCUGGAUUACAUUCAGACCGGAGCGAUGGAGAAAAUGUCAAAAGUCCUCGAUAAAGGUCUUGAUCCAAAUUUCCAUGACCCUGACUCUGGAGAGACCCCGCUCUCUGUGGCCGUGCAGUCCGGCCUGUCGGUGGAGGGCAUCAAGCUCCUGGUUCUGGGUGGUGCUCACUUGGACUUCAGGAGCAGAGACGGUCUGACGGCGGUGCACAAAGCCGUCAGGGCUCAAAAUCACGCCGGGCUGCUCGCUCUCUUGUCCCUCGGAGCAUCUCCAGACUACAAAGACCGCUACGGCCUGACCCCGCUGUACCACACUGUACUGACAGGGGGCGACACAACAUGCUGUGAAACCUUGCUGUAUUAUAGGGCAAAGCUGGGGACGAGGGACGAGAAUGGCUGGGACGAGAGCCAUCAGCACAGGGACGAAGAGGAGUUUGGAAUGGAAGAAAUGCAUAAGGCAUGCCAGAAUGGCUUUUCCCAGCACUUGGAGCAUCUGCUGUUUUAUGGGGCCGACACUUCGUCUCAAAAUGCCUCAGGGAACAGCGCACUUCACAUUUCUGCCCUGUACGACAAGGAGAGCUGUGUCCGUGUUCUUCUGUACAGGGGAGCAAAUAAGGAGGCAAAGAACAAACAUGGUCAGACCCCUUUUCAGCUCGCUGUAAUGUCUGGUCACUUUGAACUUGGGGAAAUCAUCAAAAACCACAAAGACUCUGACGUAGUGCCCUUUUUGGAAUCGCCAAAGUAUGUUCCCAAACGCAGAGAGAGCUCCCACACGCUGCCUCUCCCCUCGCUCCACUCCCACCACCUGCUGCGUGCUAACAGCGAUAACACCAUGACCCAGUCUGACCCUCAGAUCCUUCCCAUCAAGGCCUCGACAAAUCCCAACCCAGGACAGGUCCAUCGCAGAGCCUCCAUAGGCAUCAGAAGCUCCAGCAGCCCCAGAAAUCGUACUCGCUCCCCAUCCAGAGGGAGAGGAGGCCAGAGUGACACAGAGGAGAGACACCGGCAGCCACGGGGCAGACAGAGCGCGACCUCUGCGGGCAGCAGCGGUGGAGGUCAGAUAAAGCGUAUGUACAGUGCGGUGCCAGGGCGAGUGUAUGUGGCCACUCGUGCCCACUCAGCCAGCGGAGACAGAGAGCUGUCUCUCAGCAAAGGAGAUAAAGUUAAAGUGUUAAGUGUGGGUGAAGGUGGAUACUGGGAGGGAACGGUGAAAGGACGCACGGGCUGGUUUCCUUCAGACUGUGUGGAAGAGGUAGCUGCUCACAACAAAGACAAUCGGUCAGAGUCGCGCAGCGAGAAAGCCAAGAGGAAGCUCUUCCGCAACGUCACUGUCGGAGCCUACGACGGCACCGAUGGUCCCAGUGACUACAUUAUUAAGGAAAAGACAGUGCUUUUACAGAAGAAAGACAAUGAGGGCUUUGGCUUUGUGCUCAGAGGAGCCAAAGCCCAGACUCCCAUAGAGGAGUUCACUCCAACGCCAGCGUUUCCAGCGCUGCAGUACUUGGAGUCUGUUGAUGAAGGGGGUGUGGCGUGGAGAGUGGGCCUGAGGAUGGGGGAUUUCCUCAUUGAGGUGAACGGCCAGAAUGUGGUGAAGGUUGGCCACCGGCAGGUGGUCAACAUGAUCCGACAGGGCGGCAACAACCUCAUGGUGAAAGUUGUGAUGGUGGCUCGAAACCCUGAGCUGGAGGACACCACCCGGAAGAGGGCUCCGCAGCAGACUAAAAGACUGACUCCUCCUGCCAUCGCCCUCCGCUCCAAGUCGAUGACAUCAGAGCUGGAAGACAUGGACUAUGAGUCGUCUCAGGGUCCUGAUAAGAAGAGGACAGUCUAUCAGAUGGCACUAAACAAACUGGAUGAAAUAUUAGCCGCUGCCCAGCACACCAUUACACCAGACAACCAGGGCCAGAGAGGUCAUGGGGGGAAGAGGGACCGGAGCAGGAGCAUUGUUCCCAAUGUCUCCAAUGAGCAACCCUAUGAGCAACAGUCGUCUGUGAGCACAGCGCAACAAGGACCAGGUUUUGGCUACAACCAAGCUCACUUUCAGCCAGGCCAUGGACCUCAGCACGCAGUCAUGAUGCGUCAAAAAUCUAUUGGUGUAACAGAGGAGGAGCGGCAGUACCUCCACCCACCUGCUAUGAAGUUGGCUCGGAGCUUGUCGGUGCCAGGGCCAGAGGAAAUCCCCCCACCCCCCAACACAUCUGCUCCAGAGCCACCUUUAUCUGCAGGGCCUCAUCCUGUAAGAGGGCCUGCUAUGCCCAUCCCCCCUGUGUCUCAAGCCCACUAUCAGCCCCACUCCCAGCCAGGGCAUCCUACUCAAGCUGGCUGGGAGAGGGGAGGACCUGCUAUGAUGAACCAGCAGAUCAUGGUCUCCACCCUCAGGAGACAAUCAGAGGGACUGUGUGCCAGAGAGCCAGAUGCACCACGUAGAGGUGGUGGCAAGAUGGGAGGGCUAAGGAGAGGCUAUAGCAGUGCCACACCGCCGACAAGUGCUAAGCCUAAGGCGCAACAAGCCCCACAACACCAAGCGCAGAUGGCCAACCGGGAGCAGGGUGGAGGGGUUAGCAGGGGGGCUGCCAGAAGGGGUGGACGAGGAGCUUUGAUGAAGCAGUCAAAAGUAGAAGAUGGGCUGCGACAGCACAGAGGGAAAGGAGGUGGUGCCAAAGAGAAAAGCUCAAUCCCCAUCCCAACCAUCAUUGUCAAAGCACCCUCAACCAGUAGCAGUGGCCGAAGCAGCCAAGGGAGCAGCGUGGAUGCUGAGACUUCCCAGGAUGUAGAAGAGCAAACCUCAGCAGAUGCAACCCCAGACAGCCCCAACACCAGUCUACCCUCGCCACUUACAUCCUCGCCACCUCAGGCCCCUACACCUUCUUUUCCUGCAUCAACAGCUGCUCCUUCCGCUUCCUCACAGCAAAACCUUGAAAACUUGGUUUACACGUCAAAUUUUGGCACAGGGUUUGGAGGGGCAGGAGGGGCGCGCAGGGAAAGAGAACGCUUUCGAGAUAUGAGAAGAAAGAGUGCCUCUUUCUUCCUAUCAUCUGAGGAAGAUAUUCAAGGAGAGGCAGGAGGAGGAACAGGAGACGGAGGAGGAGGAGGAGCACAAGGGACAAGAAUUCAGCCUUUGCAGAGCUCACAGAUGGAAGUACCCACGCCUCGACUGCGACCGUCGAAGUCUAUAGACGAGGGCAUGUUUUCUGGAGACAGCUAUGUCAACUAUUCCAGCAGCAUGCCCCCAGCAUUUGGCCUGCCUGAAUAUUCCUCCCCUGUCCUCGAUCAGGACGGACAACCCAAAUCCGCUCCCACAAUACAUGGCUCCCAACCAGCUACUACCUUCAUCCAUCCGCUUACAGGGAAAGUUCUAGACCCUUCAUCCCCACUUGGCUUAGCCCUGGCUGCGAGAGAAAGGGCCUUAAAAGACGACCGCAGGACACGUAGGGAGGACAGACACUUUGGUCGGCAGAUGUCCACAGUAGGAGCGUUCCCCUCUCCUGUUCAGACCCCAGCUCCCUCCCUGUUUGCUACCCCUACACAAUCGGCCUACACUUCCCCAGUGUCUCUCCACUUAAGCUCCACCACCACCUCACCUGCAUCUCUGAGUCGACCACAGUCACCACGGAUAUUACGUUUGGGAGGUGGAGGUGGCGAGCGGAUGGAGAGGGAAAAAGAAGGAGGACCGCCCAGAGAAGGUCUCAGAGUUCGCUUCUCAGAGGACAGAACCACUCAAUAUUCAAACCAGUAUUACCCGCAGAGUCCCAGGGAGAGAGAAAAGGAGAUGUACGACAGCAGACGUGCUCCAUCCAUGCAUCCUCCUCCUCCACCACCGGCUCAACCAGCACCCCGAAGACCUUCCUUUCUGCAGAUGGACAACGCCCCCAACACCAGCUACAUUCCUCAGUACACUGUCCCCACAGCCCCAGCACAGACAGAUGAAGCUAUGGCAGAUGUCAGAUCAGGGGUGGGUGGAGGUCUGGGACUGAUGGUUCUCCCUCCGCCAGCUCCCUCAAUAGACGCCGAUGACGAGUUUGUAUUUGCAGAUCCCUUACCUCCACCAUUACAGUUUGCCAACGGUAAGAAUGAGCGAGGUCAAGGGUUCUCUCAGAGGCAUCAACACCCAAGUCAGCAGCAGGCUGUUGCUCCACCUCCCCCACUACCUCCUCCAUCUGCUAAGCCAUCAAAUAUCCCCCAAUCCUCUUCACAAGGUGGUGACUCUGCGACCUCCAGCCUUACCUCCUACGACAGUGAGGUAGCCAAUCUCACACAGUCGGCGUUCUCUCCAUCCUAUCCACCCCCACAGAUAUUUCCCUCUUCCUCAACCACCACCUCUGUAGCUGCUUUACCUCCGACGUCACUGCACAGAUCCCAGCCCAUGUCCCAUUCUCAUCACUAUUAUAGCAGCCCCAAUGACCCGUUAGUCAUUGGCCACAUCCCAGCCCAGGAUAGAGGUACAGCUGCCCUCACCACCACCAUGUCUUAUGCUACCACAACCAUGACAACCACUGCUGCCCCCUCUACCACCACGACAUCGCCUGUGUCCUCUGACUACAGCAUGAGCAUGGCCGGGCCCAGGGUCGGCCUCAGCACCGGGGGGAAAGUUGUCGACUACGGUCAUCACACGAUUAUACCCAAGAGCGGAGACUGGCAAGAUGGCGUGGUGGAUUCUGGGAUCGAGGAGUUGGACAGUCACAGCAGCAGCGACCACCAUUUAGAAAUGCUAGGACUGGGCGGGCUGAGGGGAGAGAGGGGAGGGAUCGGAGGAGGAGAGAAAAGCGGUGAACAUCAGGAUUCUUCUUCAACCUUCUCAGGUGGACAGACUUUUGAGGUGCAUAAUGCCAAAAUGGAAAACCCUGUGUUUCCAAAGAUGACUCAUUACAAGGAGGGGGGAGGGAAGAUUCAGUCUGUAGCACUUCGCAGGCAGAACAGCACCAACCCUGCUCCGUUGCAGUUGCAGAGACAAAACAAUCUUGAGGAUGCUAGGAUAGAAGGAGCUCUCUUAGAUGAAAGGAGGCGUAAACUGGACGGCUUUGGCCCGGCGCUGACUGCCUGUUUAGAGAGGCCUGUGGACUCGCGGUCAGUGGGCUGGGGUGAGGUCGAGGUGCACGGACAGGUUGAUGUCGUGCAGAGAGGUGCGAUGGUGUUGGAGGGCCGCAGGCUGCACUCGCCUCUUUCGGGCGUGAAGGCCAGCAUCAUCAAUGAAUUGAGCUCCAAGCUGCAACACAUGGGCGGCAUGAAGAGCAUGGACGACUGGAGCCACUCUCCAAAGUCACCCACCAUUCACAGGUACUCUGCAGACUACUCUGACGUGUUUCAUAGUCCACCUACUGGACGCUCCACCUCGCCGUUACCCACCUCUUCGCCACAGCACUGUCAAAUCAUGACGCCCAACCUAUCGGCAACGCCCUCCGUUUCCCCUUCCCCUCAAGUACCAGUCCAGCGCAAUUGGACCCGGUCCCCUUCCCCGCAGAUGCCUUCCUCUCCGGUUCACUCCCACUCUCCCCGCUCCCCGACCUACUGCCCGUACCCGACGUCUCCAAAGCAUCGGUCCAAGUUUCGCAAGAGUUUUGAUUUCCAGUGCAGUCCCACCAAGGAGAUGCAGUCUUCAGUAUCUCGGCGCCGCGCUCCGAGCCCUCUCAUCUAUAACACAGAACAACCAAACCCCGCCCCUCCCAGACCUUCCUCACUCCCCAUACUCCCCACAACACCGGUCUACAACAACCCGUUUGACUUUCCUGGACCCCUCACUCCUCCGUCUCCUGGCCUCCCUCUGGGAGACACCUACAAGACUUCAACACCUCCUCUUUUCUCUCCAUCUGGCAUCCCAAGUCAAAACCCCCUCCUUGUCUCCCGCUCUCUGUCUCCCACCCAUUUUCUCUCCAGCGCCUCCUCCCCCAUACACUUGCCCCCCAGCCCCACUUGCCUUAACUACCCCCAGCUCACCCCGCCUCCGCCAGCCAAACCAUUCGCGGUGAAGCCGUUGCCCUACUGGACCAAAUACGACGUUGCAGACUGGCUGGCGUAUCUGAACCUGGGCGAACACAGGGAGCGUUUUAUAGACAACGAGAUCGACGGAUCACAUCUGCCUUCACUCACUAAGGACGACUUCUUGGAUCUCGGAGUGACACGCGUGGGACACCGAAUGAACAUCGAGAGGGCGCUGAAGAAACUCACUGACAGGCUGCUCUCCUCUCCUUUGCAUGUCCCCACUUCUCCCCGAGACACAGACUGAAAGAGUGAAGGAGUGAUUCAUUGAUGAGAUACAAAUUGAGACAGACGAACAAUAGCGGAAGACGUGUGAGAGACGAGAAGUGGACGUCGACAGGUUGUGUGGAUUUUAAGACUUAAGGAAGGGGCUGGAUACGAAAGUGGGACUCCACACACGCGGGGGAAUAUUGUUAUGAAAUGUCUGGACUGAUACCCGGUCAAGAAAGGCUACACAAGCAAUUCUAUGAUUGUAUGAAAGUGAUGCUUCUCCCGACUCGGAAGACACUUUUAAACCUUUCAUGGACAGGCAUUUAAUUAAUUAAUUAAUAAACCGUUUUCUGCUGUCAUAGACACAAACACUUACUAUAUUCUCUCACACACACUGACAGACGAAUUGUCAACACCAUCUGCUGCUGAGAAACACUUUGGUCAUGGGAGAGUUUAAAGAACCGUUCAAAAUGUUAAAGAGUGAAGUCCAGGAACAUCAGUUUUGUAGCUUUAAGUAGAUCUGUGUAUCAAAUGGCUGUGAGUUAUGGAGCCAAAGUCAGAUAAUGGGAGAAAUGUUUUGUGUGUGUGUGUGUAUAAAUGAUGAUAGAUUAUAUAUUAUUAUAUUUACCAUAUACCCCCCCCCC